UUCUUUGACUACUGACUGUUCAUUUCAAACAUCUGAAUGGAAUCCCGUUCGUGAAAUAUAGUGGCAGUUCAAUAAUAGUGGAGUGAUAACAGAGAUUGUAAAAGAAACCAAGGGAAUAUCCGGAAGUUCAAUAGAAACACCAUCUCUCACAAUUCUCAAUGCUACAGCAUCUGAAUCGGGAACAUACAUCUGUUACGUGAAAAAUGAUAUUGGAACAGGACAAAGUACACCAAUAUAUGUUACAAUAACUGGAGAUGUGCCGACGGUGUUCGUUGGAGGUAAAAAUUAUUUCAUAGGGUACGGCGAAGAAAUUGUAUUAUACUGUAACAUAUCGUCUGACCCCCCUGCUAACAAUGUGUAUUGGGAGAAAGUAGCCUAUUGAAGUAAACACAUACUGAAUAAUUGGACAGUUGGUAUUCAAGGCGUUUCUGUAGAUACACCAUCGCUAACUAUAAUGGAAAGUACUACUGCAGAUAUAGGAACGUACAGAUGUGUAGCAAUAAACGAUAUCGGAACAGGAUUUAGCGAUUUCAUAAAGUUGGACGUAAUUGGAGAGCUUCCAACUGUCACGAUCGCAGAUGAUUUACCAGAAAUAAAGUAUGGAGAAAAGGUGCGGAUAUUUUGUGCGAUUAGCUGCAAUCCACCUCCAACCAAAGUUUACUGGGAAAAAAUAUAUAAUGGUAUAUCCAAGGUGAUAAGUAAUGGGACAUUAGGUACAGAAGGAAUUACGGUUGACAAUCCAUCGAUGACUUUGCUACAUGCAACAGAUUCGGACUCAGGACUUUAUAAAUGUUUUGCUGUCAAUGUUUUUGGAAUGGGGUACAGUUCAUCAACUAAACUUACUGUCAUAGGAGGUCUCCCAGAGGUGGUUGUACCAUCCAUAACGCACCUAGCAGGCAUUGGUUAUACGAUAGCUCUAACAUGUGUCAUUACAAAUGCCUUUCCUGUAGUAUCUAAGGUGUACUGGCAAAGAUAUAUAAAUGGACAUACAACAAUGAUUUCAUCAGAUUCCCUUGGAUAUCUAGGAGUCACCGUUGAAAAUCCCUCGUUAAUAAUUGAGUCAGCGAAGAUAUCAUUAACUGGAGAAUACACUUGUUUUGCUGUUAAUUAUGUGGGCACUGGCAGUAGCCUUCCAGUACAGUUAACAGGUAAUAUAGAACAUGAAGGUGUUUAUUAUUACUAA